AAUCUCAACCUCUUUCUACAAAAAGAGGAACCUCUAAUCAGUGCCAUCAAUUCAUCCCUGACGAAAUUCCUAAAGCUUCUUGCCUGCAAGCUCAUCUCUCCUGGGAUCGUUAAGGCGUCCUCAUCCUUUAAGCAGCUCCUUGAUGUUGAGCAAUAUUUGCCAGAUUCCUUGAUCGACGUUGGCUUUGUGACAAGGACUGCACUGAACAACCUUGUCAGUUCCGGUGACAUUGGCGCUGAGGAUGAGAAGCGGUUCUAUGAGGAGGCAAGGUCUUUCUUCAUAGAAGUUUUCGAGUAUGCUGUCAGCCAUAUGGCAGUAAAUGAUGAGCUUCUCGUCAGUGCUGAGAUGGUGUACUUUGAGGAAAGGGAAAAGCUUGAGCCCUCCAUGGUGCAGUACUUUGUACAGAGGUACCCAAACCUUCUGCCGUUUACAUCAGCGAAAGACCUGGAAGAACUGACUCAGAAGGUCCACGACUUUGCCACAAUGGACGAAGAGGAACUUCCAAAGUCAGUCAGGGAGUUGGCCAAUGCCAAUGAAGGUGGCAGCCGGCUAAGACCCGACAUUGUUUGGGGCCAUCUGCAAGAGCUGACCACCCUGGACGGCCAUAAGCGUUUCCCUCGGCUCUCCAAGAUUGCUAUGCUUGUCCUUACCAUACCGCACUCGAAUGCUGGUGAAGAAAGGGUCUUCUCUAUGAUAAAGAAAAAUUUGACGUCUUUAAGAUCCUGCUUAGAUCAAGAGGAAACCCUGGGCAGCAUCAUGACGAUUAAGAUGGAGUCCCUUAACAGCCCUGGAAAAAUCGAGCUUCCGCCCAAUGUACUAAAAGCAGCAAAGAGCGCUACGAGGCUGUACAACAAGACCCAUUCGUGAUUAUCAACUUUAACUGCUUAGUUAAAUACACUUUUUUCGUUGGGGGAUGAUGUUUUCCCUUUUCGAAUCGUGUGUCAUUUAUCACAUGUACACAAUAUUUCUUUGUUUCCAUAUAUCUGUCGGUGAGUGGCGAAAACAAAAAAAUAAAAGGAAGAAUUUACACAAGCAUCCCACGUGAUUUGGAAUGGGAAACCACUACGCCCAAGUGAAAAAGGUCUAUUAUGAUCGCGCUGUUGUUAGCGAAGAAUAUUCAUUGUCGUAAGAAGGUGUGUCUGAUAAACGCAUUCCAGAAAGUACCGUUGAACACUGAUCGAUUUUGUAUACAGUACAGCUAUUUCAAUGCACGUUUAUUACGCCCAAGAGGAAAAGUAUAUUAUGAUCGUGUUAUAAUGAUACGUAGGACCCCGUUAGUAAAAACCCUGCUUUACAGAUAUUGUAAUGCAAUAUGUGGACUUUUCAACAUAGAUCAUAACGAUAGCACUAAGAUGUUGAAAGAAGAUGUAAAACUUUAGAAUCACUGAGCAACUUAACAUUUAAGAUUAUGAAAAAUAAAUGCUGUUCUAACCGAGAGACGUUGGGAACAUCCGGAAGGCAUUCGGGCAUCGUUGAAAAUGACAUUCUUACAAUGCAAAGAUUUCUAGACGUCUCCAGAUUUUUGUACCCUGGGGGUUGGCAGGUAUGUAUGCGUGAUAGAAUUCUCGAGCUCAUAUUCUAAUGGAUUAAUAGAAAUACGCGUGGAAGCUUGGGACAACGUGAAAUGAGUGCGGGAAUAGCUUUUUCAAGUUCUCCCAAACUUCUACGAAAGUUGCUACAAAGACGGAGAACAUGUUUUCUAUUUCGCUCAUA